UCCAUGAUUUCUCAGCAGAGGUAGACAAACUGAAAAAGGCAGAAACCUGAAGGUGGAGAAAAUUGCUGGAUCCCAGGGAUAGGUUGUCUCUCGAGUCACAGGAGCCUCCAGAGCUCAAAAGCCGCUUUGGGAGAGCAGAGAUCAUAGGUGUCAAACUCGCAGUCCUCCAGAUGUUAUGGACUACAGUUCCCAUCAUCCCCUGCCAGCAUCAUGCUUAAAGUAAUCAAGUUUAAGAAAAUUAGGAACACUGUCUUUCAGUUUCCAAAAUCUACUGAGAACUUAUCCUCUAGAAGUUGAAUACCUGGAGUAAGAAGCUGCCAUGGCCACUCUGAGCAUGAAGCCAGGCCAGAGGUUCACACUCCCAGACUGGUACACCAACUUUGACCUCAUCUCAACUAAUGCCGAGCGGCAGCGCUCCGCGUCCCACCAGAUCAGACAGGAGGCUCGUAUUCUUCGCAAUGAAACCAACAACCAGACAAAGUGGGACGAACGUGACAACCGCACACGUCUUAAUGAACGGAUUGAUACUGUCAAUCAGUGGAAGGAGGCCCUGGACAAAUGCCUUACAGACACUGAUGUUGAAAUCAAUACCUUGACCCAAAUGAAGGAGGCGGCAGAGCAUGCCCUGCAGGCAAAGAACUUGCCAUUGGAUGUGGCCAUUGAAUGCCUCACCCUUCGGGAGAGCCGUCGAGGCCAUGAAGUCGUGCAGGACCCCGUUGAGGAUGAGCUGCACAAGGAGGUGGAGGUGAUUGAUGCAGCCAAGAGGGACCUCCAACAGAAAGUGAGCGAGGCCUUUGAGCAGCUCUGCCUCUUGCAGGAAGCCCGCCAUCAGCUUAAUUUUGACCAUCGUGGAAAAAUGGAAGCCCUGGAGAUUGACCGGACUUGUGUGUCACUCAAUGUCAACUCACCCAACAUCUCAUACAAAGUCAACCCUACUCGAGUGCCAGUUGGAUCUAUCACUCCAGAGCAGUGGGACCAAUAUAGCCACUACAACAAGGACCGAGCUGAGGCAGAAAUGAAAGCAGCCGCAGAGCUGAGAGAAGCAAUAGCUCUCACUAUUGCCCAGACAGACAAUGAACUGGAAGCUCAGCGUGUGGCCUCAGAAUUUGCCUUCCGGAAGAGAAUCCACGAACUGGAAAGAGCCCUUGAUGAACUGAGGUGGCAGGAGAAAAAUACCCUCGAAGAAAUUGCUGAGAUGGAGGCAGACAUCAGGCGUCUGCAGGAAGAUCUCCAAAAGAAGGUCUGGAACCUAAAGCUAGCUCAUACCCGCUUGGAGACUCGAACUUACCGGCCCAAUAUGGAGCUGUGCCGUGACCAGGCUCAGCAUGGAUUGACUGAUGAAGUUCAUCAACUGGAAGGAACAAUUGCAGCUUUGAAGCAGAAGCUGGCCCAGUCACAGGAUGCUUUGGAUGCUCUCUACAAACACUUGCACCGCAUCCAGACAGAUAUUAGCUACAAAGCUAACUCUCUGAUGCUUGAUAACAAAUGCAUGGACUCCAGACGGAAGCUGACAGUCCCUGCUGAGAAGUUUGUCCCGGAGGUGGACACGUUCAACCGGACCACUAAUCGUACCCUCUCACCCCUCAAGAGCCGGCAGCUGGAGCUGGCAUAAUAUACUGGGCUCAGGAUGUGAUCCCUGGAAGAAUGCUGAAGGGAGAACUGCUCCCCAAUGGCUGCAUGCCAAGACAACCUGCCACCUGUGAUAAGUUUCAGUGUUCGUUUCUUUUUCUUUCCACCCCAGAGUUGUAUGCGUGCUUUCCAAUUUUUUUUACUGUUUAAAGUGGUAACCAAUAAACAAAUUUGACCUCA